AUGGCCACCGCACGCAAAGUCCUCCUCUCCCCGCACUCCGACACAGGCGUCUGGAGCACGGGGAUCACCGAAUCCGCCGCAAAGACCGCGAGUGCAGUCCUGCAGGAAGAUCUCGAGAAGCACCAUGUGUACUUUAAUGAUAUGGGUUUCCACAACCACAUCCCCCACCACAUCCUAACCCUGUACGCGCUCGGCGCCUCACCAACCGAAAUCCAGUCCGCCUACGACCGAAACACAUCCUACCAGCGCCCUGCCCUUCCCCCAUCCCCAGCAAUCGUCGAAAGCCUCUCCGACAAAAAAGCCUUCAGCGAAGCCCUCGGCGCCGACAAGAACUACCCACACUUCCUCGAAUUCUUCCAAACGCAAAUCGAGUCGCAUGGCAUCGAGGCCGUGCUAAAAACAUACCUCUUCAGCCGCGACGCGAACGCCGAAAGCAUGAUGGCGCGGCUCUUCGGCGGCCUCCUGCACCCGAUCAUCCACCUAGGCUUCGGAAUCGAGUUCCACCAGCCGGCGAUUAUCGCGGAGGCGCUGGCGCAGACGGCGAUUCAUGAUGAGUGGACGGGGCCGCGGUUCUUGGUUCCUGCGGAGAAGGCGGCGGGGGGUGUUGGGGGGAAAGGGGGGAAGACGAUGCUGCAGCUGCUGGAGGAGGCGAAGGGCAACACGAAACUGGCGGGUUCGGUGCGCUUCGGCGAUGGGAAUAAGCUGCGCGCUGGGGUUCUCAAGCGCGCUGGGGACGAGAUGGUGGCGAUUGCGAGGCAGUAUACCGUUUCCGAGGAGCAGAUGCGCGAGAAGUACGCGGAGAUGCUGGAUGUUUCGGUAUAUUUCACAUCCGCCGCGCAACGGCCCACCAAAACGCCCAAAUUCGACUUCUUCUACAUACACACCGUCAACUCGUCCAUCUUCUUCGCCAGGAUUUUGGAAUUGCCCUUCCUCGACACGCCAACGAAACUCCGCCUCCUCGAGUGGAAGGGCCGCAUGGAUCUCCUCAUGUAUGUUUCCCGGAAUGCGCCGGAGCUGUACCUGCAUGAGAUUACGGCGUAUCCCGUCACCCAGGACUGGGAUAGCAUUAUCAAGCAGAGUAUCCGGCAUACGCAUGACGACGGACACCUUGUGAAACUUAUUCGGGCGCUGAAGAACGGCGAGGCUGUUUGUACGCAGUACCAAGGGAGAGAAGAGGAGUUGGGACUUAAGAUUGCUGGGGAGAGUUGGUUGAGGAUUGGGAAUAUGGUUAUUGACUCCGUCCACGGCAAAGGCGAGGAGAAGAUGUGGGUGCGCUCGACGGGGUUCGAUGAGGCGUGGGAGGGCGUGGAGGAUCGGGCGAGGUUGUAG